GGCCUGCCUUCACUAACAUACAACAGUGGUGGGAUUUUGGGAAAGCCCAGAUAAAACAGCUCAGCCAGCAGUUCACUCGCGGUGUCACUACAGACUUAGCUCGGUCCAUUAAAGACCUGGAGUCACAGGUGGUAGAGCUGCAGACUACUGCAGACUCUACAGCAAAUCGAGGGCUUUUAGACUCCCUCAAGUCCAAAAAGUCGGCAUUAGCCAACCUGCUAGGCGUCUCAGCACAGGGGGCUCUGGUCAGGUCUCGUUUCAUGAACAUCACACAGAUGGACGCCCCAUCUCGCUUCUUCUUUGGGUUGGAGCGGAAAAAUGGACAAAGGAAGACCAUUCACUGUUUACGGACGGGUAGCGGCUCCGAAGUCUCAGACUCGUCUGAGAUCAGGAAGUUUGCUGCCGGUUUCUACAGAAACCUUUUUAAGAGUGAGUGGUCGAAUAAUCCAGAAGUGCACAGCAACUUCCUGGCGGGUCUCCCUCAGGUCAGCAAGGCUGACAACAGCAGACUGGCAGCAGAGGUGACGCUGCAGGAGCUCCACGCAGCCACCAUGAGCCUGCAGAGCGGCAGAGCUCCAGGCAUAGACGGCCUUCCUGCUGACUUUUACAAGUCUUUCUGGUCCAUCAUAGGACCAGACCUGCUAGAGGUCGUGACAGACAGUCUGAGGACCGGCAGGCUGCCUCUGAGCUGCAGGAGGGCCGUCAUCACCCUGCUGCCCAAGAAGGGAGACCUGCAGGAGCUGAAAAACUGGAGACCAGUCUCCCUGCUGUGCACGGAUUAUAAAAUCCUGUCCAAGGCUCUGACCCUCAGACUGAGGGAGGUGAUGGCGUCCAUCAUCCACCCUGACCAGACCUACUGUGUGCCUGGCAGGCUCAUCAGUGACAACGUCACUUUAAUUCGAGACAUUUUGGAGCUCUCCAGGUCAUUGGGUAUAGAGACUGGUCUUAUUUCCAUAGAUCAGGAAAAGGCUUUUGACCGGGUUGAACACCAGUACCUGUGGCAGACUCUGGCUGCCUUUGGGUUCAACCCUGGGUUCAUAGCCAUGGUCCGGGUUCUCUACAGUGACAUUGCGAGUGUUCUGAAAAUUAACAGCGGGCUGAGUGCACCAUUCGAGAUCCAGAGAGGGGUGAGGCAGGGCUGCUCUCUCUCUGGGAUGUUAUAUUCAGUUGCCAUCGAGCCUCUGCUUCACAAUCUGAGAGAAAAACUAAGUGGUGUGAGUUUCCCCCGGUGCCCUGUGUCUUUUAAACUGUCUGUAUACGCUGAUGAUCUUAUUGUUUUAGUUAAAACACAAAGAGACAUUGACAUUUUAACUGACACUGUUCAUAACUUUGGUUUUAUCUCCUCAGCUAAGGUGAACUGGGGGAAAAGCGAGGCUCUGAUGGCUGGAGGGGAGCUGGGGGGCCGGCUCAGGCUGCCCGGGGGCCUACAGUGGAAAAAAGGAGGACUCCGGUACCUUGGGGUCUUCCUAGGAGAUGAGACCUACAUACAGAAAAACUGGGACAAUGUCCUGGAACAGGUUAAAGGUCGGCUGGAGAAGUGGAAGUGGCUACUCCCAAAAAUGUCGUACAGAGGCCGAACCUUAAUCGCAAAUAAUCUGGUCUCAUCUUCCCUGUGGCACCGGCUGGCCUGUGUCGAUCCUCAAGCUUCUCUCCUUCCCAAGAUUCAGUCGUUUUUAGUUGAUUUUAUUUGGGACAGACUCCACUGGGUCCCACAGAGUGUCCUGUUUUUACCAAAAGAGGAAGGGGGCCAGGGCCUGGUCCACCUGGCCAGCAGGGGCGCAGCCUUCAGGCUCCAAUUUAUCCAGAGGCUGCUAACGGGGCCGAAGGACACUCUGUGGAGACCCCUGUCCCGCUGCAUUCUGCAGGGUUUUAACAGCCUGGGUCAGGAUUUUAAUUUGUUUUUAAUGAACACACAGAACAUGAGCACAUCUUCUCUGCCUGCUUUUUAUCAAAGUGUUUUUAAGGUCUGGGGACUGCUGAGGAAGGAGAGGAGGGGCCAGGUGGACUCGAUAUACUGGCUCCUGCAGGAACCGGUCCUGUGGGGAACCCGUCUGGACCUUCCCAGCUGGGCAGGACGGAGUCUACAGGAAAAACUACAGACAGCGGGGAUCGUCACUCUGGGGCAGGUGGUGGAUCUGACGGGACCCCGGAUGGACGACCCCGCUGGACUCGCUGCCCGGCUGGGACUUAUAUCGAUGAGGGUCACCCAAAAACUCUUGGACCACUGGAGACAGAGACUCACAGGACACGACCGCCUGCUUUUAAACUCCCCUUUUACCCAGACCGUGAACAAAGAAAACCCCUUUCCUGCCAUCUUCCUGGCACCGGAUUUUAAAGACUGUUCUGGCCCGCUGUUGGAUUUUAACCACCCCGCCCCUUUGGAGGGCACAACUGGGAAAACCUUUUAUAACAUCUUGGUGAAAACAAUAAACAGGACAAAACUGGACCAAAGACCUGACACCCCAUGGAGGACCUAUCUGAGCCUGGCUCCUGAGGCCAG